GUCAACCCCAUCGAGAUCGUCAACAACAAGUUCUACGACUCAGUCACUCACAAACAGUUCUACAUUAUCGGCGUAGACUACCAACCAGGCGGCUCGUCCGGCGUAGGCACAGGUUCUGAUCCCUUGUCUGACCCAACACAAUGUCUCCGCGAUUUUGCGCUCUUGCAGAAGUUGGGGGUGAACACCAUCAGAGUUUACUCUGUCGAUAACACCUUGGACCAUGAUUACUGCAUGUCUCUGCUCGAUACAGCGGGGAUGUAUCUGUUGUUGGAUGUCAACACUCCCCUCUCAUCUCAGUCACUGAACCGAUACGAACCUAACACGACGUGGACUGCCGACUAUUACUCCCAUAUCUACUCCACCAUCGACGCAUUCAAAGCAUACGAGAACGUCCUCGGAUUCUUCUCCGGAAAUGAGGUGGUCAACGACGCUGCGUCCCUUGCCGCCUGUCCCGGAUACCUGAGAGCCUUGCAGAGAGAUAUGAAGGCGUACAUCAAGAAGACCGCAAACCGUAUCAUUCCGGUUGGGUAUUCGACCGCGGAUGAUGCAACGAUCCGGAGCGAGCUGGGGAGUUACUUGACGUGUGGGGAUGAUGCUUCCGCUGCUGAUUUCUAUGGGAUUAAUACGUACGAGUGGUGUGGAGAUUCGAGUUUCACUUCGUCUGGGUACUCGACCCUUACAUCCGCUUUCGCGAACUUCUCCGUUCCAAUCUUUUUCUCGGAGUAUGGGUGUAACACCGUUUCGCCUCGUACAUUCACUGAAGUUACGGCGUUGUAUGGUGAUCAGAUGAACGAGGUGUUCAGUGGAGGGUUGAUUUACGAGUACAACGAGGAAGACAACAAUUACGGUUUGGUCAACACAGGUGGAGACUCCGCACAGUUGUUGCAGGAUUACGUCAACCUCCAAUCUGCCUACACCAACCUCUCCAUCCCCAAC